AUGGAGUUCCCAGAAGCACAAGAUUUUGAAGCAUCCAAACUGGGCACCAAGUCAUACUGGGAUACCGUUUACGACCGAGAAAAUGAUAAUUUCAAAGAGAUUGGAGACAUUGGAGAGAUUUGGUUUGGCGAAGACAGUGUUGAACGCAUGGUAGAAUGGGUUACAGAAAAUGUGAGUGACCCUGAGAGUCGCAUGAUUGAUCUGGGAUGUGGAAAUGGACACUUAUUAUUGGAAUUAAGUAAUGAGGGUUACAAAAAUCUGCAUGGCAUUGACUAUUCUGAAUCGGCCAUCACACUUGCCAAAUCUGUUGCAAAGCAGCGUGAAUUGGAAUGGAUUCAAUACGAUGCUGUGGACUUUUUGACCAACCCAGAUUGGUUCUUGCCCAACGAUAAAUACAAUGUGGUGCUAGAUAAAGGUACCUAUGAUGCCAUUUCUUUGCAUCCAGAUCAGGUUCAGGCCAAGAAAGAUGGUGUCGCUGGUCCAAGAGAGAAAUAUGUCGAGUCUGUACAUAGAAUGAUGGCUCCCAAGGGGUUAUUUCUAAUUACAAGCUGUAACUGGACCAAGGAGGAGCUGAUUGAUAACUUUUCCAAGUAUUUCCGCUAUCACUCUAGCGUAAAGUACCCCGUCUUCCAAUUUGGUGGCCAUGAAGGCUCAAAGAUCUGUACUGUUGCUUUCGAGAUGGCAAGCAAUCCCUGA